CGCCGGCGAGCGACCCGGCUCGGCCAACAAUGGCUAAGCCUUUCUUAACUGCCGUCGAAGGGUGAUCGACACGACCUCCAAAGCAUUCAGGUUCCGCAAGUAAGGCUAGUGAACAAAGCUAACCCUAGUUGGAUUUGUUGCCUGUAGCAAAUUAGGAAGCGGACGAGGAAGAGGGGAGGGACUUCAGUCUCUCAUUUCUCUUAACAGGUUUCUUGUUGCUUUCAGCUCUGCAUGCAGCUCUCCCACUUUGGGGGGAUUUAGAUCUGAAAAAGGAUAAUACCAAUUAAAGACCCAUGCGCAUCUUUGUGUUGUUGGUUCGUCAGUUUUUCCAAAAUGGGAAUUGUUGUCUCGUGAGGAGCGGCGAGAUCUAUAGAGACCCUUGAUUUCGUGGGUUUAUUUCGGUUCUGAAACGUUUAUCUCGUUUUUGGAAAUCGGGAGCGAUGAAAAAGGAUAUUGUCAGAAGGGCCUUCUGGUCGGAAGAGGAUCGUGCGAUGGCAGUCGCCGUCCUUGGGCCCCAAGCUUUCGACUACCUCACUAAAAGUCAUCCCUCGUCCGACGGACUCAUCACUGUAAUUGGCAACGACGCUAAUCUCCAGAACAAGCUCGUCGACCUCGUGGAAGGUCCCAGCGGCGCCGGCUGGUCCUUCGCCAUCUUCUGGCAGAUCUCGCGGUCAAAAUCUGGUGACGUCGUCCUCUGCUGGGGUGAUGGGCACCUCCGUGAGCCCCACGAAGGCGAGGAGGAGCUCGAAGCUUAUGCUUCCCCUGCCCAAGUGGCACACCAGAAGAAGAUGAAGCGCGUGCUGGAGAAACUCCAUCUGGUCUACGGAGGCUCCGAUGAUGAGAAUUAUGCUGUCAGGCUUGACCGAGUUACUGACGCUGAGAUGUUUUUUCUUGCUUCCAUGUACUUCGCGUUUCCCCGAGGAGAGGGUGCACCUGGCCGCGUGCUGCUUGCCGGAAAUCCUGCAUGGGCAUCGGCUACUAAUUACUGUGUUAGGGCAUUUCUCGCGAGGGCGGCUGGAUUCCAGACCAUCGUUCUUGUGCCCUUCGCAACUGGGGUUCUCGAAUUAGGGUCUGUGAAUGUCAUCCAGGAGAGCUUCGAACAGUUGCGGAUUAUAAGAUCCUUGUUUUUUGAGGGAUCUACUUCUGGUGGAGUGGAAAAUAAAGUUGGAAGGCCCCAAUUUCCCCAUUUUGGAUUCAUUGGGAGAUCUGAACAGUCGCCAAUUAUAUUCGGAAAUGACUUGAAUAUUGGACGAUCGGAAUUCUCCACUGGGAAGAUUGAGGAGAGGCCAUUGGUGAUCCGUCAGAGCAGCACUGGUCUUGUUGGCAACAGAAAGGCUCUGACUUGGAGUAUGGGGCGUAGCUUUGGUUCUCAGCAACACAAAUUUGGCAAUGCGGCUAUCAUGGUGGGAGGUGCAGAUCAGGCUAGUGGAAUCAAGGAUGACCAUCGGCUGCCUCAAAUCCAGCCUCAGAAGCCACUACCACCACCCACAAGGCAGAUUGAUUUCUCUGGUGGUGGGAGCUCUUCUGUUGGCCGACCUGGGGCAUUGGAUUCAGAGCUUUCUGAUACGGAGGCUUCUUGUAAGGAAGAAAAGCCCUCCAUAAUUGAUAAACGGAGGCCAAGGAAGAGGGGCAGGAAGCCAGCAAAUGGAAGGGAGGAGCCUCUCAACCAUGUCGAGGCUGAGCGGCAACGGAGGGAGAAGCUGAACCAGAGGUUCUAUGCACUAAGAGCUGUAGUGCCUAACAUCUCCAAAAUGGAUAAAGCCUCGUUGCUUGGUGAUGCAAUUGCCUACAUCACUGAGCUCCAGAAUAAGCUAAAGGAGAUUGACUCUGAAAAGGAGCCCUCUUUGAUCGAUCAUAAGAAGUGGACUCCAGAUGUUGAGGUGGAAACUUCACAUGAAGAGGUAAUUGUAAGAGUUAGCUGUCCUAUAGACGCUCACCCUGUUUCCAGGGUCAUUCAAGCAUUAAAGGAAUCUCAAGUUAGUGUCAUGGAGUCCAAGGUGUCCACUGUGGAUGACAAAGUCUUGCACACCUUUGUUGUGAAAUCCCUGGCAGGUGCUGAGCAGGAAAUGAAGGAGAAGCUGAUGACAGCAAUUUCUCAACAAAUGAGCUCAUCUUGACUGUAUAAUUGAUCUUUAUUGUCACCUAGUUACAGCUAAAGAAUAGAAGCAGUUUAUAGUUCAAAUGAAUGUUUUUUGUCUAUAAUAUUUUAUAAAGAACUCAUGAUGUAUACAUGGGUGGCAAAACUAAUCUUAUAGAACUUCCAUUUUACUCGCAAAUCCCGAGGACAAGGCAGUUUUCCUGUUUAUUUGUUCGCAUUCCCCAAUUUGUGGAUACAUUACUUUCCCUGAGAUCAAGAAGCUUAUUCACAGGCUCUCUUUUCUUUAGAUAAUUUAUUACUAGUCACAUGUUGAGCGUUGUAUGUUCCUGUUUGAUGCAGAAGCUAUGAACAAAGUUCAUCUUCAAUUCAGGGUCUGCCAUGGAGAAUUUUGAGGUUUAUAGAAGUUGCUGCACCACCAUAACUGACAGAGUUGGAGAAUCCGACAAUUGACAUCAUAAGCUGAUCCCAAUUAUUAACCUCAGCGCUUGAUCUGAAAUGAGACUCGGGAUGGCCUUAAAUAUUAUAACCUCAGCCAAAUAUGGCAAAAAUUCUUUCUAGUGAGGUGGUCAUUCUGAACUUUUUGCAGGUGUGAUCUUCUUACAUUUUCACUUCGCAACUAAUAACGACCCAUGCUUGUAUUCUGGUAUUCUUUUACUGGGAAAAAUUGUUUUUUGUUUGACAUAUAGCUUCGUUGAAUGAAUUUGGUGUUUUAUUA